UGUCGAGUGACUGUUUUAUUAUCAAUAUUCGGCGUGUCUUCAUCCACAAGCUAACAAGUGCAAAUUAAACAUUAGUUUUAACCAAUUCAGACCUUUAAGUAAUAAGCGCUAUUUUUAGCGCAAAACUCGAAAUUUACAAGUCCUGAUCCCUUCUUAGCUACACGAUGCUAAUUGAAAUCAAAUGUUGCUAUUAGUGAUUAGCAUCGGUCGAUUUUUGCGUUAAUUUUUCAAAAAUUGUUACGUUUUCGAGCUAGUUUGCGAUUACUGGUCCUUCCUAAUUGUACCCUAUAAAAUCGUCGCGAUAAAACACAUUGUAAUUGUGGAUUUUUAUGUGUUUAUGACAAUCGUCGAAAACCAAUCAAGUAUAAAAUCGAGGUUUUUUGCCAGGACUCGCAUUUGUGGUUCGGCUUCAAGUUUGGUGACCUGGGAGGACUUUUUUGCUGCAUCUGUGCACCACUCACAUAAACCAUCAUGAACUCCUCGACUCAAGAUCUGGAAUCGAAAGGUGCCAGCAACGGUUCUCUGCCCAACAUCGAAAGCCCCAAAGUCUACCCAAUCAGAUGGUGCAUGCUGAUCCUCUUCGUUUUCUUCUCGGCUUCCAACGCCCUCCAAUGGAUCCAGUACUCCAUCAUCAGCCCAGUGAUCAGGGACUACUAUGGAGUGUCCACUGAUUGGGUCAACUGGACGUCGCUCAUCUACAUGAUCCUCUACAUUCCAUUCAUUUUUCCUGGAAGCUACCUGCUGGAAAAGCUGGGCUUAAGGUUGGCUGUAACCAUCGGGAUUUUUGGUACCUGUCUGGGCGCCUGGAUCAAAGUGGGUUCAGUGGAUCCCGAGCGGUUCUAUGUGGGCUUCAUUGGACAGAGCGUGGUUGCUUUGUCUCAAGUGUUUGUUCUUUCGGUUCCUGCCCGACUGGCCGCUGUUUGGUUCGGACCCGACCAGGUUUCUUCAGCUUGCAGCAUUGGUGUUUUUGGAAAUCAGAUUGGAAUUGCUGCCGGUUUUGUCAUCCCUCCUAUGAUAGUCACCGGAGGAUCACCCGAUCAAGUGACCAAACAGCUCUAUAUUCUCUUCUUCGGAGUUGCCAUUCUAACAUCAACUCUACUGGUGCUGAUUUUGAUCUUCUUCAGAAACGGUCCUCCUACGCCACCUUCUUAUGCCGCUCAACACCAAAACGAAGAAAAGACCAGUUUCGUGCAGUCGCUGCUGAACCUCGUGAAGAACCGCAGCUUCGUUCUUCUCCUGCUGGCUUAUGGUAUCAACGUUGGUGUGUUUUACGCCAUUUCCACUUUGCUCAGCGAGAUCAUUCUGACGUUCUAUGAGGGCGCCGACAGGGAUGCCGGACGUAUCGGCUUGGUCAUCACCGUGUCUGGAAUGGUUGGCUCUGUGUGCUGUGGAUAUGUUCUGGAUCGAUUCCGGAAGUUCAA